GGAAGGAAAAGUAGUGCUAGCAUGAGUGCAAGUCGUCAAAUUGGAGCAGAAAAAAAUGAGGAAAAAUAUAAUUAAAUAAUCGUAAGUAUCGAUAUUUUAGCUAGGGAGAUCGAUACUCAAAAAUGAGCCACCUGGAUCGAUAUGUCGAUAUCUUGGUAUCGAUCCGCCCAUCCCUAGCUCAAACAUGGCGCACUUCACUUACGGCAGACUUUUGUCUUUCAUGAGCACACACGCCAACAAAUCGUUGGUUGUACGAGCUGCACCAGAAAAAAAAGCCGCGUUCGCCUGCUAUUUACACUUGAUACGCUGGCACAGGUCGGCAGAUGCUGAGGCCUUGGUGGAGCGUCGGAAGCGGCAGAUGGCUCGGGGCCUCCCCGAGCGGAAGGCCAUCGCCGGGGUCCGCCGGGUGCUCCUGGUGGCUUCCGGGAAAGGCGGCGUGGGAAAGUCCACUACUGCGGGUACAGCGCAUCACAUCUCAGCCGUGCCAGCCUUUGUACAACCACUCUCUCCUUCUUCCGCAGUCAACCUGGCGCUGGCAUUGAUGGCCAACCAGCCGUCCAAGUCGGUGGGUCUGCUGGACGCCGACGUCUAUGGGCCGUCUGUUCCCAAGAUGAUGAACCUGAAGGGAAACCCGCAGCUCACUGACAACAAUCGCAUGCUCCCGCUGACCAACUACGGUGUUCCUUGCAUGUCGAUGGGAUUCCUGGUGGAUGAGGAUGCCCCCAUCGUGUGGAGGGGCCUCAUGGUCAUGUCGGCUCUAGACAAGCUGCUCAGACAGGUGGAGUGGGGCUCUCUGGACUAUCUGGUGAUUGACAUGCCUCCUGGGACAGGUGACGUACAGCUGACCAUCACGCAGAGCAUCCCCAUAGCAGGUGCUGUGAUUGUGUCGACGCCGCAAGACGUGGCCCUGCUGGAUGCCCGCAGAGGAGCCCAGAUGUUUCGCAAAGUCGACGUGCCGGUUCUGGGCCUGGUACAGAACAUGAGCACAUUUGAGUGCCCUAGGUGCCACCAGCGGACAGCCAUCUUUGGCUCGGACGGCGCCCGGCAGCUGGCCGACUCGCUGGGAGUCGCUUUAUUAGGUGACAUUCCUCUACAUGUCCACAUCCGACAGACGGCCGACAGAGGGGAGCCUGUCGUCGUGUCCUUGCCUGGCAGCCCCGAGGCGCUGUCCUACUUGAAGCUGGCGAGCGCUGUCGUUCAGAGGCUGGAGGAGAUCGCCGCUUGACGACAGACAACCAUCCCACUAUUUUGGUUUCAUCUCCACAGGUCCAAAUAUUGCUGCGGCCUUUCACCUGUGACAAUGCUGAGCCAUUGCGAGCGUUUUUCUUGUUGCUGGCCACUGCCUAAAGCAAUUGCCAAAGCCUUUUUUGAGGGUUUUUGAUUUAAAACGGCGACGUGAAUGCCCCUUAUUGUGUCGUACUUAAAAAUUUUUUUUUUAAAAAAGCCCAUAUCUUGUUAACCCUUUUCCUUGUGGCGUGGGCACACACUGUGAAUGACGGGUGGCUUUCAAAUGGCCCAAUUGCUCUAUCUGCACGCUUGCUCCAAAACAAUUUAAAAGAAGUUCCCUUCUUCCAAACCACCUGAGAAGAUUGACAUAAAGGUAAAGAUCCAAUGAUUGUCACACACACACCUGGGGAGCAGUGAGCAGCGGUAUUGCGCUCGGGAAUCCUUUGGUGAUCGAACCCCCCAAUUCCAACCCUUGAUGCUGAGUGCCAAGCAGGGAGGCAAUGGGUCCCAUUUUUAUAGUCUUUGGUAUGACCCAGCCGGGGUUUGAACCCACAACCUUCUAUUACUUCACAGGUUCAUGAAGGCGGAAGUACAAGCCGAAACAUGUCAGGUAAUGCAACCUAAAAUACUAUCCACGGGGGUCGUGGGCGGGCUGGAGCCUAUCCCAACUGUCAUCGGGCAGCAGGCGGGGGACACCCUGAACUGGUUGGCAGCCAAUCGCAGGGCACACAGAGACGAACAACCAUCCGCACUCGCACUCACACCUAGGGCCAAUUUGGAGUGCUCAAUUGGCCUACCAAGGAUGUUUUUGGGAAUGUGGGAGGAAACUGGAGUGCCUGGAGAAAACCCACACGGACACAGGGACAACAUGGAAACUCCACACAGGGAGGGCCGGAGGUGGAAUCAAACCUAAAAUACUAUGUUUGAGAUAAAAGAACCAGUGAAGUAAUUGAAAAGUGAAAACAAAAUGAACUUAAUACAACCACAACCUUCCAGUCUCAGGGCAGACACUCUACCACUAGCCCACUGAGCUGUAGUAUCAGUAUCAACAUGACAACAUUUUUAUGUGACGCGACACUUGAGUAUUGGUAAUACAAACAAACUAAAACAUCACUCGUUACUGGUCUGCUUUUGUUGAGAGUGUAAUUUGUUGUUUGUUUUUUGGAAUGCCGCCUGAAACAUUGGUUCACAUGCUCUAUCUAGUAAGUUAACAUGUUUUGUUGAGAUGUUUUAUUAUUGAUCAUAUUGACUCUGACUUCACUCUAGGUUGGCAAAAAAGCACUUUGGUUCAUACAAAAUUUAUAUACACAAAAUAUUUAAUUUUUGAAAUGUAAACCAGACAGUACAUUUUAUUUGACAUUCCAUAUCAAAUAAAAUGUGGCUUUUU